GAGGCUGGGCGGGGGCGCGGUGGUUGUUGGCGGGGCGGCGCUGCGCUGCUGUGUGAAGCGGGCGGGCAGGCGCGGCCCCGCCACCGCCAACACCACCCCCGGCGGACACAGCCCGGCCGCCAGCCUCGCUGCCCGCUCUGCGGCGCCGCCGCCGGCACACCGAGACGGCGGAGCUGGGGCCGUCGGGCGCCCGCCGCCCGCCGUCCCCCGAGGGGCUGCCCGAGUGCCCCUUCUGCGGGGAGGCGGCGGGACGGGAGCUGGAGGCGCACCUCUGGGCGCGGCACGGGCACCUGCUGGGAGACCUGGGCCCAGGAAAUGGUGAACAGCUUUACGAAUGUCCGAUGUGCAGUCUUACCUGUACAAACAUUCAGAUUCUUGAAGAACAUGUGGAUUUGCACUUGGAGGAAAACAGCUUUUUGGAAGGUGGAAACAUGAGAGAUCUAGAACUGGCUCAGCAGCUCCAAACUGAAGAAGAUAAACAGCAGAGAUCAGAAGAAGAGAAGCAAGAGAGGGAAGAAUUUAAAAAGCUGCAGAGACAGUAUGGGUUGGAUAAUUCUGGAGGCUACAAGCAGCAAUUCCUAAAGAAUAUGGAAAGAGAAGUUGAUAGAGGAAGAAUGCAGCCUUUUGAAUAUCACAAAAGAAAAGCUGACAUGAUGGAAAGUUUGGCUUUUGGUAUAGAUGAUGGGAAAACAAAGACCUCAGGAAUCAUUGAAGCAUUGUGCAAGUACUAUCAGAAUGAAAACAAAGAUGUGAGGCAUGUAUGGCUUUCAGCGGGAGUAGAUCACUUCCACUCAUCUUUGGGCGACAGAGGCUGGGGUUGCGGUUACAGGAAUUUCCAAAUGCUCCUUUCCUCACUGUUGCAGAACAGCUUGUAUAAUGACUGCUUGAGAGAUACUGCAGCAAUUCCUAGUAUACCAAAGAUUCAGUCCAUGAUUGAAGAUGCCUGGAGAGAAGGUUUUGAUCCUCAUGGGGCAUCUCACUUCAAUAAUAGAUUACAUGGUUCCAAAGCAUGGAUAGGAGCAUGUGAAAUUUAUUCACUGUUAACAAGUCUGAGGAUAAAGUGUCAAAUCAUUGACUUUCACAAACCGACAGGCCCUACAGGUACACACCCUCGUUUAUUUGAGUGGGUUUUGCAUUACUAUUCUGAAGGUAAUGAAGGUGGUGCAAAGGUAGUGUGUACUUCCAAGCCACCCAUCUACUUGCAACAUGAAGGUCAUAGUCGUACUGUUGUUGGAAUAGAACAGAAGAAGAAUAAAACCUUAUGUUUGCUACUGUUUGACCCGGGAUGUCCUUCCCAAGAAAUGCAGAAACUGCUUGAACAAAACAGCGAUGGUACUAGUCUCAAACUUCUUCGGAAAUACGUGGGUAGCUUAAAAGAAAAACAAUACCAGAUAGUGGCUGUAGAUGGUGUACUCUCCUUGGAAGAGAAGGCUGCCUGCUGCCAUGCUUCUCAGGUCUUAACAUCAGAGAAGAUUCCUUAAAGGAUGCCUUUAUUACCUCUUUCUGCAAUUUGCUGGAUGCAAAACAUUAAACUUCUGGACUGUGACCCUAUUUCCUUGAUUUCUAGACUUAAACUAUGUCUCCAUAAGUGCUUGGGGCUCUGGAGAAGCACAACACUGGAGUAGACCUGUUGUUUUGAUCUUCAGUCAAAACUCUGCCUUCUUGAUGACUCUGUAACUCUGAAGUAUUACAGUCCUUGUCUUAAAAGAAAACUUGCUAUUUAUUUUCUUUGUUGCUUAAAUUACCAAGCAACACCUACCAUUCCAUAGCAAACUAUGCACCACACGUAACUGCCAGUAAGCAGUGGAUAGAUACUGUGGAACUACUUUUGUAGUGCUAGGUCAUGGUUUACCUCUGUAAAUAUUUUUAUGCUGCCUCUGUGGCCAGUGCUCUAUUUCUUACCAAAUUUGAUCAACAAAUAUCUGUUAUGCCUCAGCAAAUUCUCCUGCAACUAUUUGCAAGUACAGAGACAGUUCAGAGAUUUCACAAUAUGGUAUGUUCCACCAGCGAUUAGUUUGCUACUGAACUUCUUUUCAGUUUGCUGGUUCCUCUACAUAUAUGUAUCACAUGUAAACAUGAACGUAUGCUUGUGGGGUGGAUAAGUGUUAGCAUUGGCUGUGAGGUCUAAGAUAGCGGUGUUCAAAAACUGGGGUGUGUGUGCUUUAGGGGCUGCACGAGACAAUCCAUUGGGGUAUGGAAAGAAAAUAAUGGUUUCAGACCAUGAAUGAAUAUAAUUUCAGUCACAGAAUCGUAGAAUUUAAAAUCUUUUUAAAGUCUUAAUUUCAUCUUUAUUUCAUCCUUUUUUAAUUUCUAUUUUUGUUGAUGUUUUAUAAUGUAUAUCCCUUAGGUUUCAGAGGCAUCUCAAAAGGAUGUGUGAACUAAUUGGCGAGUAGGGUCUCUGUUGUGUAGGGUUAAUGCCAUUUAAGAGACUGGGUCUAUCUGCUGAAACAAGUAUCUUGGGUAUUCGAGGCACCCUACUGUAUCUAAGAUACGCUGCUUUGGCUGAAUGUAAGCAUCAUGCCACUCCAGCAAGGCAGCUGGAGACUGGGAGGGAUGGUCGAGUCUGUUGCAAAUAGCACAAGAUGCCUUUGUGUAAGCAACUGAAUCAUGCCAUAGCAUCCGUUUACUGUAGAUACUUACCUUUUCAUUUAGAAUCUUACAUGUUGACAUCUAGAUAUAGGCGUAGGAGUCUUACUAUUAACCUGCUUCUCUCAUAUUUAAUAUGCUCUGGCAGUAAGAACUAGUCAUUUUUGGAAGUAUGAAACACACGAACAUGUAAAGAUAUUACAACCCAUAACUCAAUCCUGAAACACGCAUGAAAGUAAAGAAUUUAAAACUAUGAAAAUGUAUUAAUUUCAGUAGGUAUAUGAAAGUGGCCUUUAACCUGUGAAAGGGUUAAAUAUUUAGGACACUGGAGGGGCUGAGACUAGGAACAGAGUUUCUGGGAAUUGGGGGACCAUCAGCCAUAUUAGCCCUGGUCUGGGUGGCAUAUGUUCUUACGCCAUGUGAAGUUCAACAGCCAUGUGAUCAUUUAACAUCUUGAAGAUGAUAAACUUCAGUCUUCUCUGCACUGUUCCUUCACCUCCCCUGUGACUGGGGCUGAGUCUGUUCCUGGUUAAGGCUCUGCUAAUUCCAGACCAAGCAUGUUCUUUACUAAUCUGACACUGUGCCGAGAUAUUUAAGCCUUAAGAAGCAGGAAUUGCAGCUCAGCCCCAGCUCUUCACUGUGUUCAACCUGCCAUUGGGACUAAGCUGGUGUUUCAAUGAAAUGCUGUAAUGUGCCAAAUUUGAAAUAAUCUCUUUGUGCUGGCUUGUACAAUCCUAUGUUUGAUUCCUAUGUAAUCAUCACAGGGCAGGUAGAUGGUAAGUGAGCAUAAGAGUGGGAGUUUCAUUUGAUCCUGCUGAAGAUGCCAUUACAAAGGCUAUUGCAAUGGCAAUUCCUGGCACCCCCCAGGACUGCAACCAAUGUGUAUUUGAGAUACUUGGUUCCUUGUGUAAGCAUGACCUUAUGCAAAGAUCCUAAUAAAUUUUAUUGUGUUUGUGUUUUUUUU